AUGCUUCCCCAAUUAAGACGUGUUACAUCUAUGGAGCUUGGUUGUGAUCCAAAAGGCUAUUCACAUGCUGGAAAUAACACCACAGUUUGGUAUUUUGCUGUUCUUAUUGGAAGACAAACCACAGACUCCCUAAAAUGCGUUAAGGUCCAAGAGAUACUAUCAGCUGGUGAAAAUGUAAAUCAAAUUGACCAACACCAAGCUGCCAUGUCAGCAUUGAAGGAAAAAAGACUCACAUUUGCCUGGGUGGAUAGUGAAGCACAAAAGGAGAAAACGCAGAUGACAUCUGUGGACCGAAUGGCAGGUGCAAACAUUCCAUCUUUGGCUGCUAUGGAGCAGACUCGAAUGCUAGCACACACUUUAGCUCAGAACACCAAUCCAAAGUUUCAGGAACUGACUGUAAUUGAUGAUCUUCUAUCUGCUUUAGUUGGAAUUGAGGGACCAUAUAUUUCUAUCAAUAGAGUUGGAGGGAAUGAUAACUCUAUUAUCUUCAAUGUUGACGGAUCUAUGGAUUUGGCACUCCAGGUUAAGAAUCUUCACAUAUACAAUUAUACAUACAUAGAUGCACAUAUGUAUGUAUCUAUAACUUCAUGGAACUCUUUUCACUUUUGGGAAAUAAAUGUUGCAAGAAAAUGCAGGAAUCAUCGAAAAGAAUAUUCCCUUUAUGCAAGAGCUAUUUGA